AUGUCUAACACAGGUGGGAAAAGAAAUUAUCCAAGUAAUAAUUUUUUACAAACCUGGUUGAAAAGAAAAAAACGGCAAUCAACAGAGAUUGCAAACGAAGUUUCUGAUGAAAAUGGUUUACAGUGCCAACCACCAAAUGAUACACAACAAACCAUCUCGACAGCUGCAUCUUCAUCAUCCUCGGAAUUUGAAGAAGAAUUAGCAACAAAUAAACCUGCUUCUGAUUUAACAGAACCUGAUCUAAUUGAUUUAAAUGAAACUUAUUCUGUAAUCGGUAUUGCUACUGAAUUACGUGAACUUCAAUCAUUAGUUUUGACUUGUGAACAUUUAAUCAAACAAUCACAAGAACCCGACUUUUCAGAAGAAAUAUUUACUCUUGAUACCAUCUUCUUCUGUAAAUCAUUAAAAGAUAUAGCAACAAAACUCGAACAUCUUUGUGAAAAUCGAACAUAA